AAGAGACUUGAAAUGGCAGUCAAGUUCCUACCCGGAGGUUGUCCACUGACCAAUCAAACGCUAGCGUCAGCUCGGCCAUUUUUGACCCACCAAAAUUUCAUCCGGCCGACUUCACAUUUUCACGAUAAGGAUCAAGAAAGAUCCCACCAUCAUCUUUCUAAUCCUCCACCACAACCGCAAAGAUGGGACUCGCAGGAGAAAAAAAGCGCAUGAAGCUUUCCCACGAUCCCAAUAACACGAAAUGGACAAACGACACCUCCAGUUUCGGUCUCAAGAUCAUGACCUCCCAGGGCUGGCAACCGGGGCAAUAUCUCGGAGCCAAAGACGCCGCUCAUGCUGAGUUUCAUACCGCAGCCAAUGCAUCGCAUAUUCGAGUCGCGAUCAAAGACGACAAUCUUGGUCUGGGAGCGAAGAUUGGGACUGGUGUCGGUCAUGGAGAGUGUACUGGUCUGGAUGCAUUCAAGAACCUGCUCGGGAGACUGAAUGGCAAAGAUGAGGACGAAAUUAUUAAGGAACAGCAGUCGAGAGAUGAUCUGCGGAGGGCGAUUUACUCGGAAAGGAAGUGGGGUACACAGCGAUUUGUGUCAGGAGGGUUCUUAAUUGGAGACAAGAUUCAGAUUUUGAUUGACGCUGAGGCGGAGCGGAUACGGAAGCUUGCAUUGGGUGAGAAUGAGGAUUCUUCGAGUGAUUCGAGCUCUGCCUCCGACUCCGAAGAGGAGGCUGCGCCUAUUGAGAAAACAAAGAAAUCAAAGAAGCGGAAACUGGAAGUUUUGGAGGAGGCAGAGCCCGAGGUCGUUGCGUUCAAAGUCAAGAAAUCAAAGAAAUCGAAGGCGCGGAAAAAUCAGGACCCUGUUGAGGAAGAGAGUGCGCCUUCCGAGGACGAGAAAGCAACUAAGAAGUCCAAGAAAUCGAAGAAAGACCGGAAGCCGAAGGGCGAGGUCGAGGACACCGAGGAGGAGAAGCGCAAGAAAGAGAAGAAGGAGAAGAAGGAAAGGAAGAGGCAAGAGAAAGCAGUAGAAGAGACAGAUGAGACGGAGAAGGAAAAGAGGAGGAGGGAAAAGAAGGAGAAGCGGGAGAAGAAGAAAGCUGCAGAGGAAGAUACGCCAGAGGUGUCAGAGUCUUCUUUACCGACGACGAAAGAGAGUACACCCCUUGCAACUCCUUCGAGUGGUCGGUCAACGCCGAUGAUGCAGGGGAGACACGCUGUUAGAUCACGGUAUAUUGCGCAAAAGAGAUUGGCAAGUAUGGAUGCGGCAUCACUGAACCAGAUAUUCAUGAUCAAGUCACAAUAGAUUACAUAGAAAUGACGAAUAGGAUAUAUUUUGACGAACACUACAUAACUUUUGUCCUCACUCUCCUUUUGCAAUCGUCACAUUCAGUUUAUAUGCGCACAUCUUUUACGAAUUAUUUCUUGUCGGUCCAUUUUCCAGCUCUGAAGAUAUUGUCCAAAUUAUGCACUGCCAAAGCAAAAAUAUUGUCAAACGACUUAACUGGACUUGAUUCCGCGAGUUGUUGUUCUCAUGAAUGAUUACGGAAGCAAACCUCGUCUAUUCCAUAAUACGACUUCCAAUUACACCCAAUAACCAACUAUCAACUCUACAGCCCCACUCUCCCUCCCCAUACUAUCAUCCUUUGGAGCAGUCUAAACACUCAUCGCACUCUUCUCCCCAUAAACCCUAACCAUUCACUUCACAUCUCUCUCCAUAUUCCCAUUCUCAACCCUUUGAACCAUCAUUCCCUUCCCACCCUCAAGGCUCCAGCCAUAAACCUAGGACUCCACGAGUGGAAAAGGUUGCGGAGUGUGGCGAUGGAUCUGGAAUGAUUGCUUGAGGAAGGGG